UCUUUCUUGCAGAAUAUUUUUUGUAGAAAAGCAGAACUCGGAGACAGACGGCAGGAAGCUGACAGAGAAGCACUGAGCAUCACCCCGGGGCCUGAUCAGCAGUCACAGCCCUCGCCAUGAGCCGGAAAGUUGUCCGCACCAGCAAGUUCCGCCAUGUCUUCGGCCAACCGGUGAAAGCCGACCAGUGCUACGAUGACAUCCGAGUGUCGCAAAACACCUGGGACUCCAACUUCUGUGCCGUCAACCCCAAGUUCCUGGCCAUUGUGGUAGAGGCCAGCGGGGGCGGAGCUUUCCUGGUCUUGCCUCUGGCUAAGACCGGUCGUCUGGAUAAGUCACAGCCCGUGGUCUGCGGUCACACGGCCGCAGUGCUGGACAUUGAUUGGUGCCCCCACAACGACAAUGUCAUUGCCAGCGGCUCAGAAGACUGCAGCGUCAUGGUGUGGGAGAUCCCGGAUGGAGGUCUGACCCGCUCACUCACAGAACCCAUCGUCACCUUGGAAGGGCACACAAAGCGGGUGGGAAUUGUCCUCUGGCACCCGACCGCCCAGAAUAUAUUGCUGAGUGCAGGCUGUGACAACGUCAUCCUGAUCUGGGACGUGGGGUGCGGGCAAUCGGUCAUCUGCAUAGAUGAGACGCACACGGACCUCAUAUACAGCGUGGCCUGGAACCAGGACGGCAGUCUCAUCUGCACCUCAUGUAAAGACAAGAAGAUUCGGGUCAUUGAGCCCAGAGCCGGAACCAUUGUAGCGGAGAAGGAUAAGCCCCACGAGGGCAGCAGACCGGUCCGCGCCAUCUUUGUGUCCGAUGAUAAGAUCCUGACCACUGGAUUCAGCAGAAUGAGCGAGAGGCAGUUGGCCUAUUGGGACACGAAGUCCCUGGACGAGCCGCUGACCCUGCAGGAGCUGGACAUGAGCAGCGGGGUCCUCAUCCCGUUCUUCGACCCCGACACCAACAUCGUCUACCUGUGCGGGAAGGGGGACAGCAGUAUUCGGUAUUUCGAGGUGACGGACGAGGCUCCGUACGUUCAUUACCUGUCGCUGUACAGCAGUAAAGAGUCUCAGCGGGGGCAGGGCUACAUGCCCAAGAGGGGCCUGGAGGUCAGCAAGUGUGAGAUCGCCAGGUUUUACAAGUUACACGAGAGGAAAUGUGAGCCGAUCGGCAUGACGGUGCCCAGGAAGUCGGACCUCUUCCAGGAGGACUUGUACCCGGACACUGCGGGCCCGGAUGCCGCUCUCACCGCGGAGGAAUGGUUGUCGGGGAAGAACGCCGGGCCCCUGCUCAUCUCAUUGAAGGACGGGUACACUCCCAGCAAGAGCAGAGAGCUCAAAGUCACCAAAAAUAUCCUCAGCACCCGUCUACACAAACGCAGCCAGGCAUCCCAUGAGGAGUUCACCCUGGAGCAUCUCUUGGAGGAUAUAAAACAACUGAAGGCGACCGUGGCACAACAAGAGAAGAGGAUCGCACAGCUGGAGGAAGCCAAAUAGCUACAGACCCCCCCCUCCCCCCAUAUCACUGGCAGGACCACACUGCCAAUCCCAUCCAUCAGAGUGCCUGAAAUAAAAACUGUCUGUAUUGCAGAACUACAUUUUCUCCUUCGUUUUCCUAAGUGCCCUGAAAGAAUUCCAUUGGCUGCUAUGGGCAAUGGAUGUUUUGAUAAAUGGGCCCCUUUCCUAUGAGUAUGGGCCCUCUGGGUCUGGAAUGAAAAUGUUACCCCCGGGGGCACCUUGGCUUCACGCUGGACUAAAAAAAAUAUGUGGCAGCACAGACAGUUCUUAUUUCAGGGACGUGGAUAAAUAAAGCCCUUUGUGGGCCCCUCACAUGUGUGGCUAUUUGGGGCCCAAGCACUGUACUGGGAAAUUCGGGGGGAUGCAGGAAGCCCCUUUAAAGUGGAGCAAAAUCCGAUGUUUUAGUCCUGGAUAGAGUGGGGGGGUUUGAGUCCCGGCUGAGUUUUUAUUGCUGUGUCAGGGAGAAGGCGGAGGAAUAAAAAGAAUAAGAACCCCCCUCCCCCACUCUGUCCUGGACGGGCCGGAGCUCCACUUUAAAUGCAGAUUUCCCCCAAAGCUCUGAUGGUGUAAAUACUCCGCUGUCCAGAAUCUCGUGUCACCCAAUAAAACGUUUCCUUGUCUGUUCUGAACCCGAGAUAGAAAAUGCCCAAUAAAAUGUUUUUACUUUGGA